ACUGUGUCGGAGGGUACUCCGUGGCACCGUGGUAGCGAGAGGCGCAGCGUCGCCUGCGGACUGUGCCGGAGGGUAUUCCGUGGCACCGUCGUAGAUUAGGCGUCGAGAGGUGCAGGGUCGCCUGCUGAUUCUACGGGCAAGGACUCAUCGGGCCGAGGAGAAUCAACGGCAAAAGUGUCGUCAUGCCGGCCUCCGGAGGCAACGUGGCGGCGCUGACCUUCUCCAUCAACAACCAGCCUCAACAAGUUUUGAAGAGGGCGCCCAAAGAUGGCGGCGUUACCAACGACGUCACGCCGACGACGUCACUGGCUGACUAUCUUCGUCUGCAUAGCCAGCUCCCCGGCACCAAGACCAUGUGCCGGGAGGGCAUGUGCGGGGCUUGCGUCGUCAACGUGACGUCACAGAAUCCGGCGACGGGUCAGAUGGAAAGCCGCGCAGUCAACUCGUGCAUGGUGCCCAUCAAUGCCUGCCAGGACUGGAAAAUAGAGACGGUAGAAGGGAUAGGAAACAGGAGGGACGGCUACCACCCGGUGCAGGCUCGCUUGGCGCACAUGAACGGCACCCAGUGCGGCUACUGCAGCCCCGGCAUGGUCAUGUCCAUGUACAGCGUACUGAAGUCGGGCGGAGAGGUGUCCCAGGAGCGAGUGGAGCAGGCCAUGGACGGCAACCUCUGCCGCUGCACCGGCUACAGGCCGAUCCUGGACGCCUUUAAGACGUUCAGCGAGGAGUCCGACGCCAAGACCAAACAGCUGGUUAAGGACAUUGAGGAGACGGCCGGCUGCCGCGGCCGCUCCGGCGGCUCCUGUCAGCCCACUGAGGCGUGCGCCGGCUGUCCUCGAUCGGCUGCCUUGACCUCGGCCGCCAACGACUGGCGCCUGCCCACCACCCUGCAGCAGGCGCUCGGCGACCUGUCCAGCAUGGCGGCCGGCGGCAAGAGUGUGCGCCUGGUGGCCGGCAACACCGCCAUGGGCGUAUUGGACAAGUACAAUGCUCCGUCCGAUGGGUACAUCUCCCUCCUGAAAGUCCCUGACCUCCGCGUGAUCAAGAGACCCGGGGCCAGUAAGGAGACCAGCUGGUGCCCGGCCACGGCUAGCAGCGUGGUGUUCGGCGCUGCCGUCACCCUGUCAGAGCUCAUUGAGGAGCUGCAGGCGCUCAGCAAGACCGCCGGGUACCGACACUGCGCCGUGAUGGCCCAGCAUCUGCUUGUGGUCGCGAACACGCCGGUGAGGAACGCGGCAACCUGGGCCGGCAACUUGAUGAUCAAGCACCGUCACCGCGAGUUCCCGUCUGAUGUGUUCCUGCUGCUCACCGCCGCCAAAGCCAGGCUCAAGAUUGCCGAGGGAAGACAGGUCGAAGAAAUGCCUGUGGAAAAGAUGUACGAGAUAAGCAUGAACAACAAAAUCAUCGUGUCCAUGAGCCUGCCACCAAUGGAUGAAGGCAAAUAUGUCUUCAAGACGUACAAGAUCACUCCGAGGGCUAUCAGUGCGCAUGCGUACGUGAACGCCGCCUUUGUGCUGCCCUUCGACUCGGCCACCACCAAGGUCACGGAGCGGCCCACUCUGCUGUUCGGAGGGAUCAGCGACAAGUUUGUGCACGCGGACGCCACGGAACGGUACCUGACCGGACGGCGGCUGGAUGAGGGCACCUUGCAGGGGGCACUCGCCAUCCUGCUGGACGAGGUGCGGCCCUACCCGGACCCAGAGCUGGCCGACGUGGCCUACAGAAAGACGCUGGCCUCCAACCUGUUCUACAAGAUGGUUCUCCACACGCUGGGCGACCGGGUGCCAGCCCGCCUCAGGUCCGGGGGUGAGGACCUGACCCGUCCGCUGGCGCGCGGCACGCAGGAGUUCGACACGGACAAGAAGCUCUGGCCCGUCAACCAGGCGGUGCCCAAGCUAGAGGCGCAGAUCCAGACGUCCGGUGAAGCCGAGUACGUGGGCGACCAGCCGGCGGCGCCGGGCGAGCUGCACGGCUACUACGUGCUGGCCACGGUGGGCAGCGCCAAGGUCGACGCCAUCAACACCUUGGCAGCGCUGGCGGUGAGAGGCGUCCGUGCCGUCCUCACAGCCAGUGACGUCAUCGGCAGUAACAACUACCUAACCUUCCGUGCAUACAUUCCCCUCCUGGGCAUGGAUGAGAAAUCAAUGAUGCCUCAGCAGGUGUUCGCCGAGGACAGGGUGCAGUUCUGCGGGCAGCCCAUUGGCCUCGUGGUGGCCGACACCAUGGAGAUCGCACGGAAGGCGGCAGCGCUAGUUCGAGUCGAGUACGCCGAGGUGGCGCCACCGGUGCUCACCAUCAGGCAGGCGCUGGAGAAACAACCAGAGGGCAGGCAGCAGAGCAAGUUCGUGCCAGCCAACUUAACCACCGGAGAUGUGGAAGCCGGCCUGAACAGUGCGCCGCACCGUCUGAAGGGCGAGUGGGAGAUGGCCUCGCAGUACCACUUCACCAUGGAGACGCAGUCAGUCAGGGUGGUCCCCUGCGAGGACGGACAGCUCAACGUCUUCUGCGCCGCCCAGGCCAAUAAGGAGGUGGUCGACGUGAUCUCGGGCGUCGUCAACAUUCCUGCCAACAAGAUCAACUCAGAGGUGCGUCGUCUGGGCGGUGCCUACGGCGGCAAGAUCACCAAUCCGAUGCCGAUCGCCGCCGCCGCCGCCCUGGCGGCCGUCCGUCUCAACAAGCCAGUGCGCAUUGUGCUCGACAUCGAGACCAACAUCGCCAUGUGCAGCGGCCGGAUGCCCUACCUCGUCUCGUACGAGGCUGGCUUCGACGACACUGGCAAAAUCCACGGGCUCAAGAUGCACGUGAUAGCGAACGCGGGUUACACCAACACGGUGCUGAGUUUCAUCGAGCCGAGCCACGUCAUGCACAUGGUGAAGAGCGUAUACCGCGCGGACAACUGGAGCGUCACGCCCGGCACGGUGACCACCAACCAGCCGAUGUCCACCGCCUGCCGCGCUCCAGGUACCACAAACGCCAUCGCUGCUAUAGAGAUGGUGAUGAAUCACGUGGCCCACCAACUGAACAAGGACCCCUGGGAGGUGCGACAGGCAAACUUCGCUCUCCCCACUGCCGAAGUGCCCACGCCAAUGGGCACCGAACAGGACAACAAGGUGUUCUCCAUGAUGAUCAACGAGAUGUUCGAUAAAGGCGACAUCAAGCAGAGAAAAGCUGAGAUAAACGCCUUCAAUAAGGCCAACCGCUGGCGUAAGCGGUCGCUGGCACUGUUGCCAAUGUUGUACCCAGUCGGCACAAUGGCCAAGAUGUCUGCUCUGGUCUCCAUAUACGACAACGACGGCACGGUGGCCGUGUCCCACGGAGGUGUCGAGAUGGGCCAGGGCCUGAACACCAAGGUGGCACAGGUGGUGGCGCGCGAGCUCGGUGUUCCACUCGACCAAGUCUCCGUCAAGCCGAACAACUCGCUGGCCAAUCCCGGCAGCACCGUGACGGGCGGCAGCAUCGGCAGCGAGUGGUGCUGCAUGGCGGCCCGCUCGGCCUGCCAGCAGCUGCUAGAGCGACUGAAGCCGUUCCGCGCGGCCGAAGGCGAGCCCCAGCGGCCCUGGCUGCAGGUGGUCCAGAUGGCCUCCGGCAAGGGGGGCGUCAACCUCAGCGCCCACUGCGUGCAGGCACCCAAACCGGCCGGGUACUCUGUGCUCGGGCUGACGGCCGCCGAGGUGGAGCUGGACGUGCUCACUGGGGAGAACCGCUUCAACCGAGUGGACCUGUACGAGGACGCCGGCCAGUCGCUCUCGCCCUGGGUCGACGUCGGACAGAUCGAGGGCUCCUUCGCCAUGGGCAUGGGCCUGUUCCUGACAGAGCGGCACCGCUACGAUCCGGCCACAGGCCAGAAGCUCACCAACCGGGCCUGGAACUACUACCCACCAACGCACAAGGACAUGCCGAGGGACUUCAGAGUGAAGCUGCUGAAGAACAAUAAAAACGACAUCGGCAUCUUCAAUUCCAAAGCCACCGGCGAGCCAGCUGUCUGCAUGAGUAGCGUCUGCUUGAUGGCGCUGCAGCAGGCGGUGGCCGCCGCCCGCAGAGACUCUGGCCACAACGACUGGGUCACCAUCAACGCACCCAGUACAGUUGAGGAUACCCAGAUGGCCUGUCAGACGUCCGCCGAGAUGUUCGUCCUUUCCUAAGGCAGAGACGGCAGCCCGCCUCGCGACCCGGCUGGCUGACAGUGCGCAGCUUGCGUGCAGCGAUCGUCCACUGUUGCACCACUGCACGUCUUGGCAGCUGCGAACACUGUGGCCAGUACUUCCAGACGAUUAUCCGACUUCUUUAGAUGAUAUCACGACCUGCCGGCGACUUUUUCUGGCUCGAGCCCUGAUUGGGUGG